GUGCUGUGCACCCCUUUCCCAGCCCAGUGCUCGGCUGCUGCUGCGGCCAUGCCUUCCUCUGGUGCCCUGACAUAGGGGUCGCGAGCCCCUGCAGUGCCGAUGGGCCCUGUUCCACCCGCGGAACCCUCCCUUCCUGCUGUGGGCAGGCAGAGCAGCCCAGCUCCCCCUCUCCAGUGCAGCCGAGACGCAGCUAAAGCUGCACCGCUGCCCGGCAAAGAUCAUGUGACCAACAGCGAUAAGCCACAUUCCAGCUGCAAGGCCUAUUGCUUCUAUCUCCGCACGAACACUAGCCUGAGGGACCAAAUGAAGGAGCAGCUCAUGGAGUACAACACUGCCAUUCUUGGCGGUCAAGAAAAUUUCCCUGAUCAUGUAAUUGAAGAAAAAUAUAUCCAGAGUGCCUCACAAGAUUUGCAAAGAGAGACAGAGGAAGUAAAAGUCUCUUUCCAGAACAAGGCAUUGGCCUUGCAAAGGAUCCAGAUUAUGGAUAUCCUGAGAAACAAAGUGAAUCAAGAUGAUGAGGAGUCACGUCUGAUCCUGGAAACAAUGAAACACAUAAUAUCGCUCAGCCAGGCAAUAAUUGAGCAUCAGCAGCGAGCACACUCGAAGGAGCAGCAGUUGAUUGACAUUAAAAGGAAAAGACUCUCACUAAAAAAAGAUAUAGGACAGAAACUACGGCAAAUUCAGAACAUGAUGAAAAGGGAAAGGGAGAAACAAGCAGCUGUGAAUGCCACUGCAAAACAGAAGUUGUUUGAUAAAUUAGAACAAGAAAGACAGACAACUACAGUAAUUCAAAACGUGUUCCAGAGUAUCAUAAUUGGAAGUGGAGUUAACUGGGCAGAAGAUCCAUCUUUAAAGACAGUUGUUCUACAGCUUGAGAAAAAUGUCUCCUGAGACAGAAGAUGUGGUGUUUAUUUUAUACAUUUUAUGCAUUUUCACUAAACUUGAUAGGUUAUACAUUUCUCAAAGAUACACUUCAAGAAUUUCUGAAAAGAUGUUGUUCUGUCUGGAGGAUCAGAGUGUGCCAAGCAGUUCUUUGAAAUUGUAAACAAUGGUCGUGCAGCUGAUAAGAUGAAACUACCUGAAGACUCACUUCUGAAACUGUCCUGUCUCAAGCACUCAUUUUCCUCUGAAAGGCAACAGUAACGCAAGGAAGUUUCAAGGUUUUAUGUAGAAGUGGACUUAAAACUGAGGCUCUGCUGUACCCCUUUCCUGGUGACCAGCAGGCCAUAGAGCUUAGGGCGGAUGCAUGACCUUGCUCUGUCCCAGUGGAAAGCUCAAGCUGGAAAAUAUUUAGCAAGUCUGGAGUUGGGAUUAUUUAUGUUGUUAAGACAUUAUGUAUUAUUUCAAACAGCAGAAAUUUUAUGCUCUUGUUAGCAGCGACUCUUGUCUGCAGAUGCAACUUCGUACUGUUGACUGUGCAGCAAGCAGUAUUUUGCUUACAUGUCUUUACUAGCAUUUGCGCUUUUUUUAACUGGUGAUGUUUGGUGUUUGAAGGAAAUUGAGUCGGGGUGGUAGAAAUCACUAUGUUCCAGGAAUGUGUAGUGUCCUUUUUUAUCUUGGUGUGUAUCUUCACUUUUAACUUGGCAAGUGAUCCCAAGCUAUUUUUUUAAAGUGAGUUCCUUGAUCUAAUAAUAAGAAUAAAGAGUUGAUUUUCCUAAAAAUG